GGGUCUACUCUCAAAAAACUCUACCUGUUAUACUUAAGGGGACCUAGGUAGCUGAGGAAGCCAUUAUUUCGUACCCUGCGUGGUGCACUUUUAUAGGAAGCAGGAUGUUAUUUGAGACGUAGCCCAAGGUAAUCUUAGUGGAGCUGCUGCAACUGUCUGUAACAGCAACUAUACAACACUGCAAAAAAAAACCAAAAAACAAACAAACAAAAAUAGUUGUCGUUCUAGGCUGCCGGUUGGGGCAUUUGCACACGGCUGUGAAUGGUAGUGUCUAUAAAGGGUAUGUCCCUUCAGGAGAGAGGUGCCAAUGUCCAUCAGGAUUAAUCACACUGCAGGGGGGUCACUGCGCCGAUCACAGAGGAACACACUCGCCACCAGGUUGCAGUCAGAACAAACCAAACAAAAAACAAAUUCCCCUCCUGAAAGUAGAAGAUCAUAUACUAAAGCUUCCAAAGCCCCGCCCACGCCUGCAGCUGGCUCCUCGCGUGGCCACGCCCCUCGAAGAAACAGUCUUUCUCUCUCGUCAGUAAGUCACUCUGACCCGGAUUCGGAGGCAGCAGGAAGUUCAGGCCAACACGAGCAGCGCGAAGUCAGCAACAACCGUGCCCUCAAACGUAGCUCUGCACCUGAUCACAACAACACCUCCUACUCGCCCAGCCCGGCCAAGCGGCCCAAAGCUCCGCCCCUUGAGAGCUCAGAGCAGCCAGAACCUGCUGGCCCUACUGCUGACUCCGCCCCCGAGCUCCCACCCUCAGCCAGGUCGAAAAAGCGACGUUUGGCAGCCGAACAUCCUACUAGCAGGACACUAAACAGGAAGAGCGGCACGUGCGCCGCCUCUAGCUCCUCCCACAAACGCAAAAAGGCAGACACCCCAUUUUGCUCCUCUUCUUCCUCCUCAUUCUCUUCCUCUUCUUCGUUUUUAUCCGGCUCGAGCAGCGAGCAGGCCAGCCGCUCAUCCAAACCCUCCAAACUGGCGUCCAAAUUGGCCGCCUCGGCCAAAUCCGUGACCGACUCAGCCUCUUCCUCCUCCGCUUCUUCUUCCUCUUUCACUUCCUCUUCCUCCUCCUCUUCUUCUGUGGUGGUCGCCGGUGCCAGCGGCUGUGCCCCGCCCUCGCAGGGCGCCCGGCUCAAGCAGGGUAAAGAUCAGAGCAAGUCGCGGCGCUCCCGCUCCGCCUCUUCGCCGUCUCCUCGCCGCAGCAGUCGCGAUAAAGAGCACAGCAAAUCCAGUACAGCUGCCUCUAAAUUCGAUUGGACGAGCCGCUUCAGUCCCAGAGUGAACUUGCCGAAGCCCAGACUCGCCCUGCCCGGAUCCUCCAAACCCGAAACGCCAUCAGGGUCCAGCAAACCCGGCCCGAGCGGACUGCAGGCCAAACUCGCCAGUCUGAGAAAGUCCAGUAAGAAGCGUAGUGAGUCUCCCCCUGCUGAACUCCCCAGUUUUAGGAGGAGCACGCGACAAAAGACCACGGGCUCCUGCGCCAGCACCAGUCGGCGAGGUUCAGGUUUAGGGAAGCGUGGUGCAGCUGAAACUCGCCGACAGGACAAAAUGGCCGAAAACGACAACAAUCAGGACGGAGCCAAUUCAUCACGCACAGAGGAGACGCCGCAGGGAGCUUCAGCAGCCUCCAGUUCAGUAGCCGGUGCUGUUGGAAUGACCACGUCCGGAGAGAGCGAAUCGGACGACUCAGAAAUGGGCCGAUUGCAAGCUCUACUGGAGGCACGUGGUCUGCCCCCUCACCUUUUCGGUCCUCGUAUGUCCCAGCUGUUCCAUCGUACCAUCGGCACUGGAGCAAGUUCGAAGGCUCAGCAGCUGCUGCAGGGUCUACAGGCGACGGGGGACGAGUCUCAGCAGCUGCAGGCAGCGAUAGAGAUGUGCCAGCUGUUGGUGAUGGGGAACGAAGAGACACUGGGAGGAUUUCCUGUCAAGAGUGUCGUACCUGCUCUGAUCACGCUGUUACAAAUGGAGCAUAACUUUGAUAUUAUGAAUCAUGCAUCUCGUGCUCUAACCUACAUGAUGGAAGCUCUACCACGCUCUUCUGCUGUAGUUGUAGACGCCAUUCCUGUCUUCCUGGAAAAGCUUCAGGUGAUCCAGUUUAUCGAUGUAGCCGAACAGGCUCUCACGGCGCUGGAGAUGCUCUCACGGAGACACAGCAAGGCCAUCCUGCAGGCUGGCGGGUUGGCUGACUGCUUGCUGUAUCUGGAGUUUUUCAGUAUUAACGCUCAGAGGAAUGCAUUAGCCAUCGCCGCUAACUGCUGCCAGAGCAUCACACCUGACGAGUUUCACUUCGUAGCCGAUUCGCUGCCUCUACUCACUCAGAGACUCACACACCAGGAUAAAAAAUCAGUGGAGAGCACGUGUCUCUGUUUCGCCCGGCUGGUGGACAACUUUCAGCAUGAAGAGAAUUUGUUGCAGCAGGUGGCUUCACGUGAUCUGCUCACGAACAUCCAGCAGCUUCUUGUGGUGACGCCACCGGUGCUGAGUUCAGGGAUGUUCAUCAUGGUGGUGCGCAUGUUCUCACUCAUGUGCUCCAACUGCCCCAACCUGGCUGUGCAGCUCAUGAAGCAGAAUAUCGCAGAGACACUGCGUUUCCUGCUUUGUGGAGCGUCUAAUGGAAGCUGUCAGGAGCAAAUCGACCUUGUUCCCAGAAGCCCCCAGGAGCUCUAUGAGCUCACUUCCCUUAUCUGUGAGCUGAUGCCCUGCCUCCCCAGAGAGGGUAUAUUUGCUGUAGAUGCCAUGUUGAAAAAAGGCAGUGCACACACUACAGAGGCCGCAGUGUGGCAAUGGAGGGACGACCGAGGCCUGUGGCAUCCAUACAACCGCAUAGACAGUCGUAUCAUUGAGACGGCCCAUCAGAACGGUGAGGACGAGAUCAGCCUUUCGACACUCGGCCGAGUUUACACCAUUGACUUCAACUCUAUGCAGCAGAUCAAUGAGGACACGGGAACAGCUCGGGGAAUUCAGAGGAAACCCAACCCCCUGAUCAACCCCAACACUGGUCAUGUGGAGGUGCGUGGCGAGGAUGCGCGUGCAGAGCUGAUGCGGGAGGAGGCGGAGCUAGCCCGCUGCUUCAUUAAGACUCUGUUUGGCGUGCUGUAUGAAGUGUACAGCUCCUCAGCCGGACCUGCCGUCAGACACAAGUGCCUCAGAGCCAUCCUGCGCAUCAUCUACUUCUCCGACUCCGAGCUGCUCAAGGAUGUGCUGCGCAACCACGCCGUCUCCAGUCACAUAGCCUCCAUGCUGUCCAGCCAGGACCUGAAGAUUGUGGUCGGCUCUCUGCAGAUGGCAGAGAUCCUCAUGCAGAAACUACCUGAUGUCUUCAGCGUGUACUUCAGGAGAGAAGGUGUGAUGCACCAGGUGAAGAACCUGGCCGAGAGCGAGUCGUUCCUCCCCAGUCCACCCAAGGCGUGCACGAGCGGCAUCACUGCGGCAACCACCACCAUCACCACGGCAACCACACCCGCCGCCUCCAGUGUCACACCGGAUUUGGGCUCACCGAGUUUCCAUAACAACAUGGAGGACUCGCUGGACCUCAGCCCACAGGGUCGUCUGAGUGAUGUUCUGAAGAGGAAGCGUCUCCCUCGCAGAGUACCACGACGUCCCAAAUAUUCUCCCCCCAGGGAUGAUGACAAAGUGGACAAUCAGGCUAAGAGUCCCACCACCACUGCUUCUCCUAAAUCGUCCUUCCUUGCAAGUCUUAACCCCAAAACCUGGGGAAAACUUGGUGCUCAGAACAAUAGCACUAACUCGGAGCCAUCUCGCACAGCCGGGGUCAGCGGCCUCGCACGCACCGCUAACAAAGACUCGGUUUCUAAUAACAGGGACAAGAUUAAAGCGUGGAUAAAGGAGCAGGCCAGUAAGUUUGUGGAGCGAUACUUCAAUUCAGAGAAUGUGGAUGGCAGCAACCCAGCACUGAACGUUCUGCAGAGACUGUGUACUGCAACAGAGCAGCUCAGCCUGCAGGUGGAUGGCGGUCUGGAGUGUUUAGUGGAGAUCUGCAGCAUUGUGUCCGAGUCAGAUGUGUCCUCAUUCGAGAUUCAGCACAGUGGCUUGGUGAAGCAGAUGCUGCUCUAUUUAACCUCCAACAGCGAGAGAGACGUCGUCAGCAGGGACGAGAGGAUCAAAAGAUUCCUGCACAUUUUCUAUGGUAGUCCUGUUCCUGGGCAGGAACCACUGUUCCGGUUGGAGCCAACAGAGAAUGGGCCGCUGUUGGCACUUGUGCACAAAAUGAACAGUUGCCUGAGUCAGAUGGAGCAGUUUCCUGUUAAAGUGCAUGAUUUUCCCAGUGGUAAUGGCAACGGCAGCAGAGGUUCUCAAGCACUGAAAUUCUUCAACACACACCAGCUGAAGUGUCAGCUGCAGAGACACCCAGACUGCACCAACGUGAAGCAGUGGAAGGGGGGGCCUGUAAAAAUCGACCCUCUUGCACUAGUACAGGCCAUUGAGAGAUACCUUGUUGUUAGAGGAUACGGCCGAAUCAGAGAGGAGGAUGAGGACAGCGAUGAUGAUGGAUCAGACGACGAAAUUGACGAGUCACUUGCGGCUCAGUUCCUGAAUUCGGGCAGUGUGCGCCACCGGCUACAGUUCUACAUUGCUGAUCACCUGCUGCCCUACAACAUGACAGUGUACCAGGCAGUGCGUCAGUUCAGCCUGCAGCCAGAGGAGGAGCGGGAGAGCACUGACGAUGAGGCCAACCCUCUCGGUCGUGCCGGCAUCUGGACCAAAACACACACGAUAUGGUAUAAGCCGGUCAGAGAGGAUGAGGAUGGCUGCAAGGACUCUGUUGGAGGGAAGAGGGGUCGAGCACAAACGGCUCCCACUAAAACCUCACCACGUAACGCUAAGAAACAGGACGAGCUGUGGCACGACGGCGUGUGUCCGAGUGUCAGUAACCCGUUGGAGUCGUACCUCAUAUCUGAACCUCCAGAAGGUAUUACGUUCGACGACCCCUCACUGGAGGUCAUUCUGCUGUUGAGGGUUCUGCACUCCAUCAGCAGAUAUUGGUUCUACCUCUACGAUAAUGCUGUGUGUAAGGAGAUCAUUCCCACUAGUGAGUUCAUCAACAGUAAACUGACAGCGAAAGCAAACAGACAGCUGCAGGAUCCGCUUGUGAUCAUGACUGGAAACAUCCCACCCUGGCUCACUGAGCUGGGCAAGACCUGUCCGUUCUUUUUCCCGUUCGACACGAGGCAGAUGUUGUUCUACGUCACUGCGUUUGACCGUGACCGUGCCAUGCAGCGUCUGCUCGACACCAAUCCUGAAAUCAACCAGUCUGAUUCGCAGGACAGCCGCGUAGCACCCCGCCUUGACAGGAAGAAGCGGACGAUAAACAGAGAUGAGCUGUUAAAGCAGGCAGAGUCGGUGAUGCAAGAUCUGGGCAGUUCCAGAGCCAUGCUGGAGAUUCAGUAUGAGAAUGAGGUGGGGACUGGUCUUGGUCCAACCCUGGAGUUCUAUGCUCUUGUGUCUCAGGAGCUGCAGAGAGCUGAUCUGGGUUUAUGGCGAGGAGAAGAGGUCACCCUUGCCAACCCUAAAGGGACUCAGGAGGGCACCAAGUACAUGUUCAGCUCUAGGGGCCUCUUUGCUGUGCCUUUUGGUCGCAGCACCAAGCCAGCUCACAUCGCCAAGAUCAAGAUGAAAUUCCGCUUUCUGGGAAAACUCAUGGCUAAAGCCAUCAUGGACUUUAGACUGUUGGAUCUGCCCCUGGGCCUGCCCUUUUACAAGUGGAUGUUGAGAAAUGAGUCGUCAAUAAGCUCUCACGAUUUGGUGAACAUCGACCCCGGUGUGGCCAAAUCCAUCCAGCACCUGGAGGACAUUAUUAGGCAGAAGAGGAGACUAGAGCAGGACAAAUCCUACACAAGGGAGACGCUACAGCAGGCUCUGGAGAGUUUAAAUAUGAAUGGCUGUUCAGUGGAGGAUUUAGGGCUGGACUUCACAUUGCCAGGGUUCCCUAACAUUGAGCUGAAGAAGGGAGGCAAAGACAUCCCAGUCACCAUACACAAUCUGGAGGAGUACCUGAGGUUGGUGGUGUACUGGACUUUAAAUGAGGGUGUGUCCCGGCAGUUCGAGUCAUUUAGGGAAGGGUUCGAGUCCGUUUUCCCCCUCCACCACCUACAGUACUUCUACCCAGAAGAGCUGGACCAGUUGUUGUGUGGCAGCAAAUCGGAGACGUGGGACGUCAAAACUCUGAUGGAAUGCUGCAGACCGGACCACGGAUACACACACGACAGCCGGGCAGUGCGAUUCCUCUUCGAGGUGUUGAGUAGUUUUGAUGCAGAGCAGCAGAGACUCUUCCUCCAGUUUGUGACCGGGAGUCCGAGACUGCCAGUAGGAGGUUUCCGGAGUUUGAAUCCUCCUCUGACGAUUGUGCGCAAGACGUUCGAGUCGACAGAGAACCCAGACGACUUCCUGCCAUCAGUGAUGACGUGUGUAAACUACCUGAAGCUUCCGGAUUAUUCCAGCAUCGAGAUCAUGAGGGAAAAACUGUUAAUGGCGGCACGGGAGGGCCAGCAGUCUUUUCACCUGUCCUGAUCUCUCACAUACUUACACAAACAUACACACACACGCGCACACAAACACACACAAACACACGCGCACACACAAAGCAAAAUGCCUUCUACCAACAUAUACACGUCGUCAUGACUUCCUCCCCCCUUUUUUUUGUUUUAGUUCUCCCUCUGUUUUUGUUACUGGUACAGUUGCCUCGAAAAGCAGCUGCCUCCGGAAGGGAAAAAAAAAGACUUCUGAAGUUGUAUGUCUGCUACAGGAGAAAAUAAAAAUAAAAUAAAAUGUUACGAGACUUGGAAAUAAAAUGGCUGCCUCUUCAGAGCAAAUCGUCGAGACAAAAUGGCUGCCUCUUCAGCGCAGGUCUCGGAAAUAAACUGGCCUUUUCUUCAGAGCAGAUCUUGGAAAUGAAACGGCCUCCUGUCGAGCAGAUCUAAUCAGUAAUAUCAGUAGCCAAUUUGUGUGCGAGGAAAUCAAAUGUGAUAUUUAAAGAAAAUGGGGAUGUGUGUUUUCCUGUCAUGGUGGUGAGUGAUGUCAUCACUGUGUUUCCAUCCAGCAGGCAGUGUGUGUGUGUGUGUGUGUGUGUGUGUGUGUUCUCUUACAGCUCCAAAGAUCAUUUGUACAGACCAACGUUUUGCUCAUUCUUCACAUUCUUUAUUGUGCGUUACAUCUUUCUUUUCUCCCCCUGUACGAAAGUUGCAGUUGGUUCAAUGCAGGUUGUGAUGAAAGUGUAGGAUCUAUAAUUGUAUUAUUAUUAUUAUAAUUAUUGUUUUUUUAUCAUCAGAGUGAAAUGGACUUCUGGCCAACGUUUAAAAAGCCGUGAGCGUCUACUCUGGAUUGAAGUUGGAUAGAGUAGACCCUUCUUUAUUUUCUCGCUCUAAUGUGGUUAGGUCAUGUGACUCGCAGGGUUAUAACUAAUCCUGCCAUGUAGCUGAGCGCUUAAAAAAAAAAAGAAAAAAAAAAAAAAAGAGGAAAACAUUUAGAAAAAUUGGCUGGUCUCAUUUUAGUGUUUCAUGGCCAGAUGACAUUUCCGGGGGGGAAAAAACAAAACAUUUAUGGAAUAAAAUUUAUAUGCAGUUCUCACACCUGGUUUGAGGUGCGACUGUGCUUUUUUUUUAUUUUCUAUAUUUUUUUCUCCUCUUGCUGUAGUUUAUUAUUCUGUUUUGUUUGCACUGCUGGCUUGGAUUGGAGCGUGGUGGUGUGGUGUGUGUGCGCUACAGUGUGUUGCCUGCCUUGGGGGUGGCGUGCUAGCGUUCACUCUCCUCACCCCCGAACCUUCAUCUGCUGGUUUCUAAGAUCUGCAAUAAUUUACUGCAUCAGGUUCUUGUUUUUACCUGGACACAUAAAUAAAGCAACUGUUUGACUCAG